CCCCGCCUUCCGUCUGUGCCAAGCGCUGAUUCGCCGGGCCCUGUCACGUGGCGUUUGGUUGACGGUGUGGAAAGAUGGCGGCGCCCUUGUGAACAUGCUGAAAUGAGAAGUUGAUCAGUGAUCGGCGGAGGUGUGUGAUGCGUGCCGCCAUCUUUCAGCUCUUCACUGGUCACUCUCCUGCUCUGUGUUCUGGAAUAAGACAACUGACAAGGAUUUCCUGCAGGUUCAGGAUGGAGGGUCCAGCAGCAUCUCAACAGUCGGGAGAAACCAUAAUUACAGAGGGGAAAGCCAGCGUCCUCUACCCCAGUGCCAACCAAGUGUUCUACAACCCCGUCCAGGAGUUCAACAGAGACCUGACAUGUGCUGUGCUUACGGAAUUUGCUCGCAUGCAGCUUGCCAACAAAGGCAUAGACAUCGUGGUGCCCGGUGAGAGGGAGAAGGUGGUUGUGAAUCUUUCAGAUAAUGGAGAUGAUGGAGAUGUACCUUCCCAAGAGAAUGCCACCCCUUCCAAUCGCCGCACUGUCACUGUUGGGGAAACUUGCCCUGAAGGACUCCGUGUUCUGGAGGGCCUUGCAGCCUCAGGUUUGCGUUCAAUUCGCUUUGCCAAAGAAGUGCCCGGCCUUCAAAGUGUCAUUGCCAAUGACUUCUCAUCAAGUGCCGUAGAGCUGAUCAAACGGAAUAUAAAGUACAACGACGUGGAGAGUCUGGUGACGGCCAGCUACAGUGAUGCCAGGCUGUUGAUGUACAAUAGGAUGGCGAUACAAGAUCGCUUUGAUGUCAUAGAUCUAGAUCCCUAUGGAAGUCCGGCUAUGUUUCUGGAUGCAGCAGUGCAGAGUGUCUGUGAUGGAGGGCUGCUCUGUGUCACCUGCACUGAUAUGGCCGUGCUAGCGGGAAAUAACGGCGAGACGUGUUAUGCAAAAUAUGGAGCCAUGUCCUUGAAGUCUAGGUUCUGUCAUGAAAUGGCUUUGCGCAUCCUGUUACACGCCUUGGAUUUGCGCUCCAACUGUUACCAACGUUACAUAGUCCCCCUGAUCAGCAUCUCCGCCGAUUUCUACAUCCGCGUGUUUGUGCGAGUCUUCACAGGUCAGGCAAAAGUAAAGAUGUCCGCCAGCAAACAAACCUUGGUGUACAACUGCGUGGGCUGCGGAACAUUCCAUUUGCAGCGUAUGGGUAGAGCCGUUGCCCAUGGAAACAAUAUGAAGCACUCGGCUGGCUGUGGUCCUCCUGUGGGAAUGAACUGUGAGUUUUGCCAGCAGCGACAUCAGGUGGGAGGUCCCAUCUGGGCCGAGGCACUCCAUGACAAAGAGUUUGUGCAAAGAGUUCUGUCCGCUUCAGAGCGCAACCCAAAGAGGUUCGGGACGUCCGAAAGAAUCGAGGGCAUGCUCAGUGUGGUCAGCGAG